CAGAAAACCAUAGACCCCUCAGUUGAUGCCGCCGACCUCGCUGCACUGUUGGCCCAAAUAUCCUCCGACAGAGGCUCGCCAAUACAGCAGACCCAGUAUCCAAGCCCCUCCAGAUCAUCGACUGUCGAACCUCCCGAGAACGCCAUGCAAGAGUACGAGACCAAGUGCAACCAAGCUCUACUCGAUGACGGUUGCAGGCCGCUGUUCCCCAUCAACCUUCUCCUACAAGUCUUGACGAAUACAGAUGCAUACCACGACUUACUACGGCCGUGGGCGAGAUAUCCGGGUACGUCGAAUCCAGAGGACUGGCAGGUGUUCUCCAGGCAGCUGCGCCGCUGGGAAGAAUUUCGCAAAUGGCAGCUGGGCAAUAGGCGGCAGACGGUCGGGUUCUCCGAAUAUCUCGAGGAACAACAGCGCGAGUUUGAGAGGAUGGGGGUGGCCGCCGGGUGGACAGCCAGGCCUGAUUUUGAGCAGGCAAUACGCAGUCAGUGGGAGGACGAAUAUGGCCAUGGUCAAUAG